AUGGAGUCUUUGAGAGCUCCCUCCCAGUCAUCAUCUACCACACCGUCGAAUGGUGCUCCUAACCAUGGAUCCGAAACUGUAAUGAGCUAUGGAGCUCCCUACUUUCCACGCCAAACAGUCGUUUCUAACCAGCCAUUUGCGGUCGCUGUGACUAGCGAUAAUAUCGCCGAACGCCAGAAAAACAAAUUUGAUCAUGUACAUCAAUUGCAUACUGCGUCUGUUGCAGAGCGAAAGGAACGUCCGCUUCAUGUCCCUACUAUUGAAUACUAUCUGGAUGCCAGUAGAUUAAAACUUCAGCAUACACAUAGGCCCAGCAAAUCUCGCAUCAAUCGCAUUCCUCAAAAGAUGAGCAGUAUCGCCACGUCAUCUGCCGCAAAGAACUCAUUGUCGGCACGGUCAGGGACUCAGGAACGAGACCAUGCCGGGGAUGAUGGUUUACUCCACCCAAAGCCACGGGAAACAAUAAGAUCGCACUGGGGAUCAGAUUCUACGAUAGGCUUAGAGACUGCAAGUAGAAAAGAUGGCCUGUUUGAUGCAUUGGAUCCCAGCCAGAAACUCGUCCUACCAAAGCAACAUGAGCCACGCUCUGCGGAAGAUCUGAAACAGAUGAGGUCGAGGAGGAAACAAGGAGAAGGGCAACUACGGACCGCUCUGUUGGGAAUUGGCAACUUCGCGACAGAUGUUACUCGCAUCUUGGAUUAUACAUAUUACAACCUACUGGAGAAGAUGGCUAGUCUUACGUCUACAAUUGCUCUUUUUCAAGAACUUUCUGAAUCCGUCUCAGCGAUAUGCAACGACUUUGAGCGAGAAACGUCCAGCCUAGACCAGGACAUUCGGAAGCAGAUGCGAGAGUUAAACAGUUUCCAGCCACAGGUGCAGAAAAUUGAAAGGUUAGAGGAGCGUAUGAGCUCAGGGAAAUCGAAAGCCGAGGCACUCGGGAAGAAACUUGAGGCCAUUCGCGACGAAAUUGAUCGUUGGGAGAAAAGGGAAGCGGAGUGGCAGACACGAGUAGCCCGUCGACUUCGUAUCUUUUGGGCGGUAGUUACAGCUAGUCUACUGAUUUUCUUGAUCGUCUUUAUCAGCCAGCACCAUUUUACAUCGAACGCUCCUGGCCUGCAUGGUUCGUUACCAGUCGCAGCGACUGAUCAUUGCUCCGCAGACCCUUCCCCAGGACAGCUAGGCAAUGAGCGCCCGAUCACCAAGCUCGAUAAGCCAGACAGAGAAGAGAUAUCGCCUGAAGACCAGUUGGGCAGUGUGUCUCAUGCAAGCUGCCAGACUGCCAGCGUGGCAGAUAUCCCGUCCUUUGACGACCUUGGCGCAAUAACGGAACGUACUGGCCUAGAUCCUUUGAAGAGACUCGAUGAGCUCUAA